GAGGAAAGAGCGUGAAAUUCACGCGUUUAGAGGAAUUGUCAGUUUCGUAACUUGGAAGUUUUAAUACCCAAAAGAAGAAGAAAUUCAAUUCUUGCGAUUUAAGCCUCUUUCGCAAAUCAGCAGCUAAGCUCCAGUUGAAGUUGAAGCUGAAGGGGCCACAGAUUAGGACUCCCACUCAACUCAACUACUGGACCUCAAAUCUUCACUUCCCAAUCCCCAUCCCUCAUUUUCUCCCCCAUUCAUCUUUCCGUCUAUGCUCCGCCGUGCUCCGUCGUCCUCGUCGUCGUCGGCGUAAACCCAGUGUUCAGUUCAGGAUCUGCUUCUCUGCUUAGCUGGUUGAAAUGAGUGGUGGAGUAGCUGAUGAUGGGCCUUUAGAUUAUGCCACGAUUCAGAUCAUACCUUCUGAGAACAGGUAUGAGGCUUUUGUUUGCUCUGGCAAUGAGGUAGAUGCACUGGCUGAUGGGAUUCUGGAUGCACUGUUGCCGCAUUUACCAGAAGUACGAGAGCUGAAUGCCAAAGGAUCAAAGGCGAGCUUUAAACUCCAACCGCCACAAUCUUCGGCUAGUACAUCAUGGUUCACAAAAUCUACUUUAAGCAGGUUCCUCCAUAUAGUUGGCUCACCGGAAUUAACGAAUAUCAUGAAAACGAUGAAUGAGAUGGCUCAACUAGAAGAAACCAAAAAAUUUCAUCUAUCUUUAUAUGGCCAGGGUCAGAAGUCGAAGAUUGAAGAAAAAGAUGGCUGCAACCUUGACGGAUCUAGCCCGAAAGAUAGAUCUGGAGGUGAAUUUGCUUCAUCAGCUGCAUCGAAAAACGAUCUGUUGCGAGCUAUGGAGUUGAGGCUUACAGCAUUGAAUAGGGACUUAACUGCGGCAUUUGAUAAGGCUUGUGGUUCAACCUGCAGUUCUAAAGAGAUCAGUCAUUUAGUGAAGUUUGCGGAACAUUUUGGAGCUACAAAUUUGAAAAAUUGUACAUGCAAAUAUGUGGAACUAAAUCAGAAGAACAAUACCAUCAACCCUGUUGAUGAUGAUAACCACACGGUUAAUUCAAAUUCGAGCAAUGAAAAUGCUAUUAACAUGAAUGGGAGUUUUAAAGCCGAAAGAUCACAUCCAUCUACUCCAGUAAAAUAUGGUGUUUCACCUGCAAAAGUUGCCCAGGUUGAGCGACAGGAUUCAACUGAAAGUGAGGAUUCUUCCGACUCAGGUAAUGAAAAUGGGACACCAGUAGAAAGAAGUAGAACAAUGGUACGGUCUGCAUUAUCCAGAAGGUCAGCAUCACCCAUGAGAAGGGUUCAGAUAGGAAGAACGGGGUCCCGCCGGGCGCCCACAAUAAUGAUUAGGAGUUUAAAUCAUCUGCAAACUAGAGACAUGUUUUCUCAAGGAGAUGUAGCAGCUAAUAGUGAUGAUGAGGAAGGAUCAGAACCUUCCAGUAAAACAGCUGAUAACAAUAUAGGGAGAAUAUCUGUUCAGGAUGCGAUCAGUCUUUUUGAAAGCAAACAGAGAAGUGACACUUCCGAUGUUCAGAAAAUAAGAUCGUUAGCAAAUAUAACCGUUGGUGCAAAUAAAUUUGUAUUGAGAAGAUGGAGUACAGGCAUGGGAGAGGCUUCUACAAAAUGCCAGCCAGGGCUUGUUAGUGAUGAAUCCGACCCAACCAGUCGUGAUUUGGCUGAAGACAAGCCGAAGAGUAAGCUUACAGAUGAAGAAGUGGGAUGCGAUAAUAUAUCUUCGAUUGAUAUGACUUGUACAACUGCUGAAGUUGAUGUCAAAUUAGAAGAUUCAGAAAUUAAAGCUUCUGAUCCGCAAGAAGCUCAAGCAGAUACUCCCAUUAGUGAACCACAUGAAGUUGUCAAAAAAUUAUCUGCAAAUUCAGAAUGGACUCGAAGAAAGGAAGCAGAAUUGGAUCAAAUGCUGAAAAAAGUGAUGGAAAGUAAGCGUGUGGCACAGAACAAUUCUCAAGCGAAUAGAAAGAAAGAUGUCAAUUCCGACCAGAGGGGGGAAUUGUAUGACCAAUACAAGGCAAAGAGAGAUGAAAAACGAAGAGCAGAGGAAGCUAAAGUGCAUACAAAUAAAGAGGCAAAAAUUAAGGGAAUGCGACAAGUUGCAGAUGAUAGGAGAUCCAAGAUAGCCUCUGCCGAAGUUAAUGUAACGAAAAAACGUGCUACACGCAAGCCUGAAGUUCCACAAGCAAACUUGUCAAAAUCAGAAAAACCAAAGAAGGAAAUAUCGAAACCAUCCGUGAUCGAAAAGAUUUCAUCUAGAACUAAGCCAAUGGCUGCCACACGAAAGUCAUGGCCAUCUUCUGCAUCAGAAAAAACCACUGGGAUUUCUCCAGCCAGUACAAAUCCAACUCGUCAGAAAACACAACCACUGUCAUCCUUCAGUCGAUUGAGCACUAAAACAGAAAGAUCCCUUGUGCAAAAAAAAAAUGUCAAGGAAACUAAUGAUAGUGGAAGGGACUUGAGGCGUGUGAAUGAAAAGAAGGAAACAGUGCAGACAAAGACCGGAAAAAUAACGAAAAUGAAAGUUACACCUUCUGGAGAUACCUCUGUUCAUGUGAAGUCCAGUAUCCGUGACAAGGUAACGAAAAGAAGCAGCAUUGUGCCACUGGAAUCAAAGUCCUUUCAUAAAGGUUCUAGAAAUAGCUUAGAUAACAGUAGUCCAGUGGUUAGUAAGACGAAAAAUCCAAAACUUUCCAAGUCUGCUGACUCUUCAAAGAACAGCAAAAAAUUGGUUCGUGACCAGGAAGUUGAGGUUACAGUUCCCGAUCUGGUUGACAGUCAACCUGAUAAAGGGGAUGCUUUGUCCCCAGCUCUCUGUGAUUCCGAAACCGUUGUAAUUGAACAACGAGAUAGUGAGAAGCAGACUUUAGAUGAAGCUGAUUCUGAUCAUGGUGAUGAUCUACAAAAUGUAGUCAAGUCUUCUUUGGAAAUUGUAGUUGAAGGAGAAUCAGUGAUUCCAUCAAAGUCCACAGAGGAAAUAGAAGAGUUCCAAGAGAUACCAGCCAAUAGUGAUGACACAUCUGAACUUGCAUCCCUUGAAAAUGCUGCACCAAGUGAAAACCCCCGCAUUCGUCUCUCUCUGUCCCAGAUGCUUCAGGAAGAAAAUAGCGAACCUGAUAACAACGAUUGGGGAAUUGCAGAAAAUCCUCCCAUGAUGAACUACCAAAGGGGUGCACCAAAAGGAUUUAAGAGACUCCUAAAGUUUGCAAGGAAAAGCAAGGGAGAAGCAAACCUAGCUGGUUGGUCAAGCCCUUCCGUGGUUUCCGAGGGGGAGGAUGAUUCUGAAGAAUCUAAAGCUCUGAACUCGAAAAAGUCGGACAAUCUAUUGAUGAAAGCUACACACAACUCUGGUCUUGUAAAGGCUUCUUUCGAUAAAAGCUUUGACCCUGAAAAACUAUACUCAGGUACAUAUGGUGCACAAAAUUUUAAUCCCAAGUUCCAGGAAAGCCAUGAUCAUGCUGCAGUUUCUUCAACUAAAGGUUAGAGACAUUAGGCAGGUCUUUCUUUUCUCUAUCAGCUUUUAGGGGCAGCAAAUAGAAAGAAUGAGCCAAAAGCUGCAUUAAUUUUGGAAUGACAAUGGAUUCUCAUUUCAUUCUCUGCCAUCUUCUUCUUCAAGGUGAAUAUUGUGAAAGAAGUUUCCCUCUCUCUUCAUACUACAGAAUUUGUAUUGUAUCUCUCUGAACAUAAAGAUUGACUAACAGUUAGUAUUCUUUUUUCUCUUACUUUGCCUGCCAUGGAUGUAAUAAGAUUGAUUCAUUAGCUUUGUCUAAGCAUUUUGAUCAAAAUUCUUGUGGGCCUACUGAAUAUAAACACUGAAGCUGACUAUUUUGCUGGCAGGGUACCACAGUAUCUUGGUAGCUUGAUUUUUUGUAUUAUAAUAGCGAAAAUGUUCGCAGUUUAAAAAAAUUUGUCGAACUUGUUUGGUGAACUGUUGCGAAAAUAUUGAAACCAUUAUUGAAACAAUUUCUAAAACAUUGAUGUUA